CUCGCGCAGUAAUGGCGCCGGUGUCGCGGCUGCUGUGUGUUUGCGGCGGUCAGAUAUUCGGUGUCUUAAUUAGUUAAGUUCCAAGCAUGUUGCCAUCAGCGUGAGUAACGCAGCUAACCCAAAAGAUUAGGCCAACACUCAAGGAGAGAGAUGGCCGACUCGGACGGCCCUGACUCGGGCGCGGUCAGACGCCGGGUGGCAGCACCGGCAGACAGCGGCGGCCGUCAGGUGCCGGCGCCGGUCAGCGAUGGCGCCAGCGGCCGACGGCGUCGGUCGAAGCCAGCGCCGCCGCUGCUGCUGCCCGGCCUCCUGUUCUCGGUGGCCGUCUCCGGCCUGCUGGGCUGGUGGCUGCUCCGUAGCGUCACCUCCGACGCCGACAUCGACACGGUCGCGCUGGCGAGCACCCUAUCGGACGCGCUGGUCGCCCAGCAGGCGGCCGUGGCGGCGCUGGUGGCGCACCUGCGGCGCGCGCAGAGCUCGGGCGCCCAGCGGCUGGACUUCCUGGCGCUGGGUCCGGUCGGCACGGGCAAAACGCUGCUCAGCCAGCGGCUGGAGGCGCUGGGCGGGCCAGUGGCGGCGCGCCGCCUGGUGGGUGGCGCCGAGAUUGGCCGCGACCGUCGGGCGCUAGACCUGCUGGCCGCCGAUCUGCUCUCGGCCGCCGCGCCUGGCCGCUGGCUGCUGCUGGCGCUGGACGACAUCACACACUACGUGCCCGAGGCCGUCUACCUGCUGGAGGCGGUGGGCGCGGCGGCGGCGGCGGCUGACGUGCGUCUGAUGACACUCGUCACCGCCACCACGGACGACCUGGCGGGAGAGCGCGGCGCCGACGCCGAGCGCCAGGCGUUUCGGCACGCGCACCGUGUGCGGCUGCGGCCGCUGCGGCGCGCCGAGGUGGCUGACUGCCUGCGCCGCUUCGCCGCUGGCCGCGGCGUCCAGCUGGGACAGGAGACCGUGGACGCCGUGCUGGAGGCCGUGCCGUUCGAGGGCCAGUACGCCGCGCAGGGCUGUAAGCUGGCGCUCUACCAGCUACAGACGCUGGUGAACCUGAAGGACGGCUGAGCAGGUCGGCGGCGAGGCGCGGUCAGGUCACUAUCCAGUGCCGGAACUGGCAGCUGCUCGUGACAUGCUGUCAUAGGUCUGCGUUGUUUGUGCUGAGCAGCUAAACACCAGUUACUUGUUGUCGCCUUUCCAAAGCGGUGCUGUGUUUUCUGGAUGUUUUGUUGAAUUUAUGCGGCCGGGCUUUCCGGUACGAAUUGUAAAAAGCUAUAUGGUUCCUCGAUUAUUGAACUGGAUUUGUUUUUAGCUGUACACACUGAUGAUGAGCGCGCCAGUGUGAGCUGCUGGGUUUGUGUAAUGAUUAGUGUUUUGUACGCGGCCAUAUGAUGAAGGCAUUUGUAGAUGCGUUGAUGGCUUGUCUGCCUCUGUGUACCUACCUGGAAUUAUUGGAGACCAGCGAGCGUCGUAUAGAAUCAAGUGAGUGCUUUUUGCAGUCACUAGAUGUUUUGCAGUAUAAUGAAUAAGAAGUGUUUUGCCAUAAGCUUUUUUUUCUUUUUCUGGGGGCGUCAUAAAAUCAUGCGUGCAGUU